AUGAAUAAUAUAUUCCACAAACUCCAUGUUGAAGGCAAACACCUCAAUAAACUCGGAGCUGCAGAUGUUCUUCAGAUAACUGAACAUUCAUUACAGUCCCAUGAGUUUUAUUCUGAGGAGGAGCUGAUUCAGACUUUCAUACAAAAACUACUGAUGAUGAACUACAGAGCACGAUACAUUAAAACUAAAGAGACCAACAAACAGGAUCAUACACAACAAACAGACAACGACUUCUCUGAAGAAGAGUGUGAUAUUUUUGAUGAUGUUUUCGGAAACCUCUCUCCGUCAGACAAAGCAUCAAAUCAGUCUGACCCUGUUCACCCAAUGGAUGUUCAGAUGGCAGUGUUUCAUUGUGCUGAUGGUUUCUUGAAGCAGCUGAUGGUGACUAAACUGUCCCAGUGUCAGUACGCUCUGCCUCUGCUUGUUCCUGAUCCAUUCACACAACAGAUUGAGUUUCCUCUCUGGACAUUCAGACAAAUUAACAAGAGCUGGAAGAUGAGAAACAACCAUGAAAUCAUCAGUCAAACCCAGCCGAUCUACAAGGCAGAAACUCCAAUGGUGUUUUUCUUCAGGUUUGGCUCUGUGUCUUUAUCCAAGUCUCAGCUGAUGAGCAGUCUGAUCAAUGAGAAACACAACACGUUCUUCCACAGGAACUGCCCAGGCAGCAGCAGAACCAGAGAGUUGAUGGAUGGAGUGGUGGAGAUCGCCUGGUUCUGCCCUUCUGAAUCAUAUGAUGACAAAUUCACCGACUGUGUUGCGUUCUGUAAUCUACACGGCGAUGCAGGAAAACAUGAGAAACAGCUGCAGAUCCUCACUGAAAUGGCCUCAGUCAAUGUUGUUCUUCUACCACGACUGGACAGGAAUGACAAACAUGCAGCAAAGAUCCAAAAACUCUACAGGGACAGAAAGCCACUCAUUUGUCUUUUGGAUGAGAAUGAUUCUUCUGUAAUUAAGACCAAGAAAGGGAAAUUCAACAUUGGUCUGAAAUGCAGAAGUCAGUCAGAUGUAUCUGAAGAACUCAGAAAAGCUAUAAAUGCUUGUCUCUUAGAAUCGUCUUCCACUUUCAGACUUGAAGAUGUGUCCAAACACUCAGACAUCAGAGUAGAUGAGGAAGAGGAUGAUGACUGCAGGAGAGGAAGAGAAGCAGCACAUCAGAUGAUCAGUUUGCUAAAGACGAAAGAGCUGAGAAAAAUCAAAGAAUCAUUUCUGCCUCAUCAGGGGAAACUGUGGCAUCAGUGGAGUCAGAAGAACAAAGAACUACAUCGACCUCAAGGAGAAACGAUUGAAAUGGAAAUAAGUAGAAAAAAAACACAAAUGAAUAAAAUCCGCAAACAGCAGCAUGAAUUUGAUAUCAGUGAUUUUAUCAAGUGCUUAAUUGAACAAAUGUGCUCAUAUGAUAAACUUGAGAUUAUGUUUUUUCUCAAAUGGCUCAGAUUUCUCCUGGAUGAGCAUACAUCAGCUGAUCUUUCAGCUCUACACCACAAGUAUCAUGAAAAGUGGUCAACAGUCUUACAACUGAAAGAGAAUCAUGAUAAGUCAGAACAACUUGAAACGGAACAAACUGAACUUGAGACAAUAUCUGAGGAACUUCAGGCUGCAACCUUUGGUUUGGAGCACAUCAUGAGGGAGAUCGGACAAAUCUAUGAAUCAUGUUCAUCAGUGAAGAAGAACAAGAAAGACCUGAAAAAUUUCUCUUCUCUCCCGAGUCUUGCAGCAGAGAUGAUGAUCUCUGGAUCUCCACUGGAGCUGAUGGAUGGAGACGCUGCUCAUGUUCCUGUGAUCUGGAUCUCUGCUGUUCUAGAUCAACUCAUCCAGAAACUGGGAGACCAGAGAGUCUUUGUGCUGUCAGUUUUAGGGCUUCAGAGCUCUGGGAAAUCCACCAUGCUGAACGCCAUGUUUGGGCUCCAGUUUGCCGUCAGUGCUGGCAGGUGCACCAGAGGAGCUUUCAUGCAGCUGGUCAGAGUCUCAGAUGAGAUGAAAACACAGAUGAACUUUGACUAUAUUCUGGUUGUUGACACUGAGGGUCUUCGUUCUCUAGAACUGGCUGGAAGAUCAACAAGACAUCAUGACAAUGAAUUUGCCACAUUUGUUAUUGGUCUUGCAAAUCUAACACUGAUCAACAUUUUUGGAGAAAACACAGCUGAGAUGCAGGACAUUCUUCAGAUUGUUGUUCAGGCCUUCAUGAGGAUGAAGAAGGUCAGACUGAAUCCCAGCUGUGUGUUUGUGCAUCAGAACGUUUCAGAUGUCGCAGCUAGAGAAAAAACCAUGGAGGCAAGACGACAACUGCUGGAGAAAUUAGAUGAGAUGACAAAACUCGCUGCUAAAGAGGAAGGCUGUGAUGCAGAACGUUUCAGUGAUGUCAUUAAAUUUGAUGUUCAGAAAGAUGUGAAGUAUUUUUCUCAGCUCUGGGAGGGAAACCCACCCAUGGCACCGCCAAACCCAAACUACUGUGAGAACAUUCAAGAACUGAAGACAUUUAUUAAGUCUCAUGCCUCAAAAUCACAAAGAAUGCUGCUGAAAGACUUCAAAAUUCAUAUUAAAGAUCUCUGGGAGGGUUUACUGAAUGAACAAUUUGUCUUCAGCUUCAGAAACUCUCUGGAGAUUUCAGUCUACAGGAAACUGGAGAAUGAAUACAGCAAGUGGUCCUGGAGUCUUCAAAAUGCCAUGCUGAAAAUUGAGAAUAAACUACACAACAAAAUAGAAAAUGAAGCAAUUCAUGAAGUUGAGGAAACUGAUCUUCAAAGAAAACUGAAGAAGACAAGUGAAGAAGUGGAAGAAUCAAUGUCUGAAUUCUUUGAGAAAGACACAUAUGCAGAAAUACUGAUUCAGUGGAAAACAUCCUUUGAAACCAAAAUCAAAGAGCUUGAGAAAAACAUUGUGAGAGAAACAAAGAAAAAAAUGAAUGAGAUUCUUCAUCAAAAAGUCCUUAAGAAAAAACAGGAUCAGGUGACACAUCAUGAAAACACUCUCUAUGAAAAGAGCAAAGAACUUGCCUUAAAGCUCAAAGACAGAGCAAACGAUGAAGAAACACUGAAGAAGGAGUUUGAUUUGUUUUGGAAAAUGAACAUGAAGAUCAUCAGUGACACUCCAGCAAUCAGAGACAUUGACACAAUGAACAUGAAAGAAAUCCUCAGUGACAAGAAAAAAGAUGAGUACUAUAGUAUUUUCCAGAAAUACUGUCAUGGAGCAACAUCAGCUGCUAUUUUUGGUGAGAUCAUCUGUCAGAAACUUAAAGAUCCCAUUGAGCAGAGUGUCUACAAGAACACCGCCAGAGAUCUGACAGAUGAAAUGAGAUCAAACUGUGAAUCUCUGAAUAGAAGCAGAUCAAAUCUUGAAAAACACAUCCUGAAGACACUGGCAGAAGAGGAGGAUUUUGACAAAUACAUGAACUACAUUAAAACUCCCAGAGAUCACUUCAAGAGUUUCAUCAGAGAUGAAGUCAGUCAGUACAUCACUGAUCAGUUCAGUGUCAGUGUUUUACCCAAGAUGGAGGAGAACAUUGAACUCCUGCAGCAGAAGAUCAUGAAAGCAGCUCAUGAAUCUACUGAACAUGUUCAAGUGAAGAGAGGAGAUGCUGGCUUGUGGUUGAAGAGUUUCACACAGCAUCUCUCCGAAGAGCUGAUCUUCUCUGAAAAAGACCUCAGUGGAGUCAAACAUGACGAUGUUGAUGAUUUCAACCUCCUAGAAGAUGUGAUAAGACAAGAACUUGCUGAUAUCAUUUCUGAUAUCAGCAGUAGAUUCAACACAGAGACAUUUCCAGUAAAGCUGGACUAUAAAUUCAGACCAGAUGAGCUUCUGAUUGAUCACCUUUGUCAGUGCUGUUGGGUUCAGUGUCCGUUCUGUAAAGCCAUCUGCACCAACACCAUAGAAAACCAUGAUGGCGAUCACAGUGUUGCUAUCCAUCGUAAUAUUGGACUGAAUGGGUGGUAUUACAGAGGAACAACAAACUUGGCUAUUACUAUAUGCACAUCAGGCGUAGCAAGUGAUCAUUUUUUUUAUGCUGGUGCCUCAAAUGACAAAUUUCCUUGGAGAGAAUACAGAACAGCAGGAGGGAAAUAUAAAGACUGGAGCAUCACACCUGACCUCUCUGAACUGCCCUACUGGAAGUGGUUUGUGUGCAGAUUCCAGAAAGAUCUGGAAAAAUACUACAAUAAAACAUUUGAUAGUCAUGGUAAGAUCCCAGACAACUGGAGAACAUACUCAAAACAUGAAGCUGUUGAGACUUUGGAAAAAUACAUUUAA